AAAAAAAACCGAAAACGUUUGUUUUUCUAUCCUCCUGGGAGGUGUGGUCAAGGCUUGCAUUGGGUUACGUAACAAUAGAAAACGUGACCACGUCGGGCGACGUUCACAGCCAGCAGCACUAAGUGACUCAGGCGUCAGGAAAUCAGCUGAACAUUUCUUUUCUGACUGGUACAUUUUUCACAUAGUGAACGUCUGACUUCAGAGAGGAAGGAGCUUCAUCUCUUCGUGAGUUGUUAAACUCUCUGGUUUGGUUUUGAUGGAAAGGAGCGCUCAAGCCAAACGGACAGACCCGCAAGUCUGAAGAAUGUGAAGAAGGGAAACGAUGUGCUCUACGGAAAGCAACACGGAGCCGCAGCCGACAUCGUCGGACCCAGCUCUCCUCCUGGAGCUGAAGACCAGGCGGCCUCCGUCGCUGCUGGACCAGGCGGGAUGCGAGACGUGGAGCGUCGACUUCUCCCCGGACGGAACCUGGUUCGCCUGGUCGAUGGGACACGGCAUCGUGUGGGUGGUCGCCUGGCCGCUGGACUCCGAAGAGGGGCAGGAUGGAGAGACGGACAGAGCGGAUAAGAGCUUCAGCUGUGGUCACCCGGUGUGGGGGCUCGCCUUCGGACCCAGACCUCCCAGGUCGGCGGCAGCGGCGGCUCAUCCGACCAAACCGUCCAAAGGACCGAAAGGGAAGAGCACUCUGCUCCUGGCCACCGGCUUGGAGAACGGGGUGAUCAAGGUGUGGAACGUGCUGACAGGGAAUGCUGUCUUUGAUCUCCACGGCCACGAGGGCGUCGUCAGGAAUCUGGUUUUUCCACAGAACGGAUCGCUCAAGCUCAUCUCAUCCUCCCGGGACAAAACUUUGAGGAUUUGGAACCUGGCUCACAAAGGUAAAAAGGUGCAGGUGCUUUCUGGCCACAAAGACUGGAUCAGCUGCUGCAGCGUCUCAUCUGACUGCAGCAUGAUCGCUUCCGUUGGCAGGUUUGACAGAAUGGUGUGCCUGUGGAGUCUGCGCUCAUACACGUUUAUCAGGAACCUAAGAGGAGGGACCAAUAAGAAGCUAUGCCUCCUGUCCUCCUGCAGCUUCUCUCCAGACGGAGCGGUUCUCGCCACCGCCGCCUUCAGCGGCUCCAGCUGGUGGAUCGACCUUUGGGAUCCCUACACGGCCGAGAAACUGGCCACUCUUGCAGAUUACUUUGAAGAUUAUGGGCAAAACCAAAUAUCGGCAAUCCAGUUCUCCCCAGAUGGUUUGCAUUUGGCAAUCGUGACUGAUGACAGAGCUCUGAGAAUCUGGGAACCUGGAGAGAAACACAUGACAAUGCAGACAAAGAGAGACCAAGACUCCAGCGGACUCUGCUGCAACUACCAUCCACAAGGGGGCGUUAUUGCUACAGGGACCAGAAACGGCCAUGUGAGGUUCUGGAGGACGCCCCGGACGGUUCCCAGUUUGUGCCACCUCUGCCGCUCCAUAAUACGCCACUCUGUGUCAACGUUCCAGAUCGAGGCGCUGCCGCUCCCCAAACGCAUCCUGGAGUACCUCACCUACAGAAACAUCCCUGAACGCCUCAAGACCUGCUGCUCGUCUGACGAGGAGGACUGGGAGAGCUAAACAGGACUAAUAAAUCUGACAACUUAGUAACUUUAUACACU